CAAUAUCGAAUUUGACAUUGUAGUUGUUACGAAAAUAAACGUAAAACUAUAUAACAGAGUAAAAGGGUUUGUACACACAUGUGAAAGAUAACAGAAUACACAUAGAAGUAUUUUUUUAAAAAAAAUAACACAUAACCCGAAGGUUCUUCAUCGACCCUCAGAAUAACAGCAAGUGAUGUUCUACACCUCCUUAGUAACCAUCUUGACAAAUCUAAAUAUUUCGGACUUCAUUCUAAGUAAUUCAACAUCCUUGAUUCUCAAUUUCCCAUUCAUUCUUCCAACAAUUUGCUUGACAAUAUUAUUUAUUUCUUGGUUGCUUAAACCAGUAAUAUGUUGCCAAUUAUAAUUGUACUUGUUCUUGUUUUUGGGAAUUCUUCUUUCUUUAAUAAUUGUCAAUUUGAAACAUCCAACAAUUAAUUUCUUCAAUUCAAAUCCCAUGUCUUUAUAAUUGAUAAAAUUGUUAGAUUGGUUAAGAUAUCUUAAUAAAUAAAUGAUAUCCAUAUAUCUAAACAAGUAAAUUAUUCCCUUGAUAAAUAAAGGUAAGGUUAAUUGUAAUCUACUAGUUAACAAUAAUAAAAACUUGUCCAAAGGCAUUUCAUUAGGUUUAAUCAGCCUAGGAGAUUCAGGUGGGAAUGAAUUGUAAAUUUUAGUCGCAAUAUAUUUGACAAUUAUAGUCAUCAAUUGUGUUUGUUCAUAUUUGAAUUGUUCAGGAGAAAGGUGGGUCAGCUUGGUUGUAGCUUUGGUAGUAGUGGAUAUAGCAGUGGAUGUAGUAGAAGAAGUUUUGAUUUUUCUUGUUGCUGUCUGAACCGAAGAUGCUAGUUGUUGAGAUGGAAGAAUAUAAGCUUUGUUUAUGUGCAAUGGUUGUUGUUGUUGUUGUUGCUGCACAGCUUGUGGUUGUAUUGGUUUUGGUUGUUGGAUCUUGACUUGUUCACUCUUGUUAUACUGUGGGGGUGAACCUUGACGUCUACUAACACGUGGUUCACUUGCAACAGUAGCGGGAGUGGAUUGUCCAGAUCUCUUCCAAUGGGAUCCAAAAGUCUUAGUCAGAACAGUAUCUUCUUCACUUAAUUCAUCAUCGCUGACUAAAUUAGGAAUAUCAAUAAAUUCAUCAAAAACAUUUUCUAAAUCUUCGUUAUUUUGGACAGACAUGAUAUCAAGUGAAGAUGUUGUUUCUUCUUCCUUAACAAACAUAUGGAAAGUUUGAGGUGUCAUCUUGCUUUGUGUGUUAUUAGAAGUACUCUGAAUAGGAUUCUUAUAAAUAUUGUCAUCGAUCAUAUUGAACAUAUUCAACACGAACUAAAUAAGGAUAUAAUGAAAACUAAAUCAAACUACUUCUUGGGUGAUGGUAACGGUUUAAAUUUGAUUUAAACCAACUUGGAAAUGAAUAUAAAAGGACCUAAAUGAAAAUAGUAGUACAGUACAAUGGAUGAGUUGUUGUUGUAUCUCUUCCGUUUUACUGUCUUUUGUAAGUUUGAAAUAAAAACGCCGUAAUCAGUUAAAUUGUUAAUAAAAAAACUCCAAUAAAAAUACCCAGGAAACCACGAUUAAAUAAAUGUUAUUUGUUUAAUUAAUUUAUAAUUGGCAAUACAUUUCGUUCAAUUGCCAAAAGAAUAUAUAUAUAAAAGUUGUAGAUUAAAGGUUAAGUUGAAUAAAUCUCAUAAAAUUAGUAAAUAUGUCAGUUGUUGAAAGCGCUUGUUAUGUGUUUGUCUCUUGGAUAAGCCUGGGAAUAUGUAGUUCUCCUGGUGUGGUGGAAACAAAUAGUUGUAGUAGAAGUGGAUUACAAACUGUGAAACUCGAUUUUCCCUCUUUUUUUUAUUCCUUCUGGUUGGUUUUUUUUUGGAGCCAAACAUCCAAACUUACAUAGUAAAUCGGGCUCUGACUCAUUCUCAAAAAAAAAGUCAUUGAGAAAAAAAAAAAAUAUUUCGGGUAAAUUUGCAUUCGGAAAAGGUUCCGUGCUCCGAAAAUAAUGUUUUGUUAGUAAAAAAAACACAGUGGCGAAAUCAUGGUUGAACAAUUUGCCAUCACGUAAUAACCAAAUAUUGAACCAAGAAACUUUGCCUCUUAAAGCUAUGACUAAUUGGCAUGAUGCAGUGGUAAACUUGUAAAUACGCUAUAGGGUGGCAAUGAGUCAUUGCCUGGUUAUGUAAUUUCAAUUACUUUGGUAAUGGUUAAACAUUGCAAUUAGAGUCUUUGAUAAUCAAUUUAGUAAUCAUUGAUCUUCAAAUUUCAAUUGGUACUGUCUCAAUUGGAAGAAAAGAAGUGGUUGUAAAACCAGGAAAUUUACGGGAAACAUUUUGUUCGCACAAAUUUUAUUUGCAACAAUUAACACCGAGCUAAAAACUAUCAUCUAUUCUACUCUUCGGUAUUCAUUUCAUACAUCUUUUCAAGUUAGUUAUUUGAACUUGGUCGUCCUAAUAUUGUCAAUAUAAUUUCAAGCUUUUAGAGGUUUUUUUUAAUAUUUUGCAAAUUUUUCGGGAGAAAUUGUAUAUAAUGUUUAAAAUUAGGCUGAACAAGAUUAAUAAUACAUUACAAUUAAGAAACGAAUCCAACAGAAUUAACCUAUUCUAUGAUCUGGUUAAAUUCCCAACAAGUAAUUGGUUUAUAGUGCUUUUUUUAUAAAUGCUCAGCUAAGAGUUGACCCUUACAUACUAACCCUUGAUUUUCUUUGGCGGAAAAAGAUCUGAGCCUCACUAAUUUUUAACAUUUGAAGAUUCUGGACAAUUAUUGAUUCCACCAAGAACUUGAAGAACAUCCCAUGAGUGAAGCCAAUGAACAAGACUCAGCAUCAGCUAUGAGAACCCCACGUACUUACAAAGAUGCUAUCAAUUGCUUAAACUCACUUCAAUCAAACUUUGCUUCCAUUGAAGCUAUGAAGAAACUAGGACCUAAUGUGAAUAGAAAUGAAUUGUCAAUCAACGAAGUUUUUGAAUUCACAAGAAGAUUAGGAUACAAAGCUAGCGAUUUCAACAAAUUGAAUAUCAUUCAUGUCACAGGAACUAAGGGAAAGGGUUCUACUUGUGCUUUCACCGAAUCAAUCCUUAAGCAAUACCAACCUAAUUAUAUUUCCAAAAUAGGAUUAUACACUUCACCACAUUUGAAAUCAGUCAGGGAAAGAAUUAGAAUCAAUGGUCAACCUAUAAACGAAGAUAAAUUUGCCAAGUAUUUCUUUGAAGUGUGGGAUAAGUUAUCUUCAACCACUUCUGAUCCAAUCCAGUGGCCAACUUUACAACCAAGUGAUCAAGUGAAGCCAAUGUACUUCAAGUACUUGACUGUGUUAUCGUUCCAUGUAUUCUUACAAGAAGGUAUAGAUACUGCUAUUUAUGAAGUUGGUGUUGGGGGAACUUACGAUUCUACCAACAUCAUUGAUAAACCAACCGUUACUGGUAUUUCCGCAUUAGGAAUUGAUCAUACUUUUAUGUUGGGUAACACCAUCGAAAGUAUUACUGAAAAUAAAACUGGUAUUUUCAAAAAUGGAUCACCAGCAUAUGUAUCCAAGCAAGUUGAAUACCCAGAAACUCAUGAAUUAAUCAAGUCAAGAGCCAAGGAAUUAAGAGCAUCAAGUUUAGAAUUUGUCGGUCCUGAUUUACCUCUGGGCAUCAAAUUAGGAUUAUCGGGUGAUUUCCAAAGAGCCAAUGCUGCCCUAGCUGUCAGAUUAGCCAAUUCCCAUUUAAAAACCAUUGGAAUUGACAAAGAUUUACCACAAUUCAAUGAAGAUGGUUCUAUUAAACAGUUAUCAGACAAAUUUAUUUCAGGGUUAGCUAAUGUUGAUUGGCCAGGUAGAUGUCAAGUGAUUAGAAACAGAGAGGGAUACGAAAAUAUCACUUGGUAUAUUGAUGGAGCUCACACCAUUGAGUCCAUUAACGCUUCUUCCACUUGGUUCAAGCAAGAGCAAUCAAAGAACAUCACAGGAAAGAGAAGAGUUCUUUUGUUUAAUCAACAAGGAAGAGAUAAUUACAAGGAACUAUUGGCUAAGUUAUAUCAAGUUGUUUCCGAAUCCGAUCCAUCAAUUGUUUUCUCCGAUGUCAUCUUCACUCCAAAUGUCACUUGGGCAUCUGGAGAAUACAAUGCGGAAUUACUUUCCAAGAACACAUCUGAAGAUGCCGUUAAGAAACUUGAAAUUCAACACGAUUUCAGUGACCAAUGGAAAGAGUUGGAUGGAGAUAAGGCCAAUAGACACGUCUUCCCUGAUAUCGAAACCAGUAUCAACUAUUUGAAAUCAGAAAGCGAAAAGGAACAACUUGAGGUGUUUGUAUGCGGUUCAUUACAUCUUGUCGGAGGUUUCUUAGUCGUUCUUGACAAUGAUAGAGAUUAGAUUUCCUUCGUUGUAUAUAUUAAACUUUAUAAAAGUAGAGCAAAUGAAAUAUCAAACAAAAAAAAAAUAUGAUACAUUUUCAAAUAGAAAUGUCAACACUUAGUUUCCACUGUUGACAAUGUUUUCUCUAGCAGCCUUGACAACAUCAUUGAUGUUAGUCAAUGAGUUCUUCCAUUGUUGUAAAGUUUCUCUGACGGCAGCCCAGGCUUUGGUGUUGUCUUCACCGGCAAUAAUGAGUCUGUUGACUCUGCUCAAGUAGAAAACUUCUUCAACUUGGUUCAAUUUACCUUCAACGACACCAGCCUUGAUAGCUUCAAGUAACAAUUGUUCGAAUUCAGUGGAUGAUUGAAUGUUUGGUAUUUCGCUAUAUUUGAAGACAAUAGCAUCAUGGUCUGGGGAUAAUGAAGCGUCGGCAAAGUACUUGGCCAAGUUCAAGAUCUUGGAUUUGUAAACGAUGAAAUCGGCUGGUAAUUCAGCUGGAACUUCCGAGGCAGUAACAAUUUCUCCAUGAACGUACUUCUUGAAAAGGGAGGCAACUGGGGUUUGUUGGUUCAAAGCUUGGGCAACAUUGUUGUUGACCAAGAAGGAAACGUCAACAAUCUUGGACGAUAAUGCAAAGUGAACAAGUUGGUUCAAUUCUUCGGCACCAACUUGGUAUUCAGUAGUAAAAGUCUUGAUUAAUUGUAAAGAUUCGUUAGUGAAUUUGCUGUCCAAGGUGACGAAUCUCCAGAAAACAGAUCUGAUUUCUGAUUCUUGAGCACCGGCCUUCUUUAACCAAGAGAUUAAGUUGGAUCCAAUGUUGUCUUGGAUCAAGUUGAAUUCGAUGCCGGAGGUAGAUGCCACAUUUAAGAUUUGGUCAAUGAUGUAGAUUCUGGUCUUUGAUGAUUCUGGUAACAAGUUGAAAAUGAUGGUCAAGAUACUCAACACGGUGGUUGACUUUAUAGAUUUUCUAUCUCUCAAUGAAGGUUGCUGGGAUGGGUUAACUUCCAAUAACGUCUUAAUCACUGGGGAUUCAGCAUUAUCCAAGACUUGGUCGCGACUGGAUAAUUCGGAAGCGAUGUGGAUGAACAAGUAGAAAUUGGCUUCAAAUUCCUUAUCAGUGAACUUCUUGAAUGUUUCACUAGUGGAAACGGCAUUUAUUUUGGUCAAUAAUUCUUCCUUGUUGGUAAUCUCUGCACUGGUUAAAAAUGGAGCAAUACUUUGGGAGAAUUCGGUGCUCUUCUGUAUGCCGUCAAUGAUUUGACCAUAUUCCUUAACAGAGUCCUUUAACUCGUUAUCUACUACUAUGACGGAUGCCAUUCUUUUCGGUUGUCUCUAUAGUAACACCUCUUGUUUCUC